AUGAGCUACGGAAGUGGAGGAUAUGGCGGUGCAGGAUACGGAGGUGCAUCCUACGAAAGUUAUGGUGCAAGCGGUUAUGGUGCUGAUGCUGGUUUAGCAGGUGGUUAUUCAGGAUAUUCAUCAGGAUCUUCAGUUGCAUUAGAUGGUGGAUACGCUGGAGCCAGUUAUGGAGGAGGUUUAGGUUUAGCCGGAGGAUAUGGUGGAUCAUCGGCAUAUCAACUGUUCAGAUACUGCGUUAUCUACUUAAAGAUUAUUUGAUUUCCAUUACAAUGAUAAAUAUAUUAUCUCAUUGAUAGUCAACGUUAAUUGAAAACUAGUGUGCUGUAGCACAUUUCCUCACAUAUAAAUGUUAAAGCCAUCAUUCUUAGAUCAAUAGUAUAGUUUUCGAAUAUCAAACAAGACAUUUAAAGUAUUUUGUGCGAUAAUUUAUCCAUUCUUUACUUUGUCAAUUCUAUCAUUUAACAAAUAUAUAUUGCGUUUCCAUCGUUCUUGCCAUUAACAAUCAAUAUGUUUCUAUAGGAAUUUUUAUUUCAGCAUAAUAAAUAGUCCGUGGAGAAGUUCAUGUUUAGUCUAAAACUUUAUUGUCAAAUAUUAAAUUGAUCAAACCAUUAAAGUUUAGCUGAAAAAUACCAAAACGAAGCGUUUCUUUUGAAACAAUUUGAUGUCUCCCUAAAAGUGAAGUUCAACGACAACGUAGUUCAUAAAUGAGUCCAUAUGAAAGUUCAUCAUAUGGAGUUGGUGGUGGAUAUGGUGUUGGUGGUGGAUAUGGUGUUGGUGGUGGAUACGGAGCUGGUGGCAGUUCAUAUGCCACUGAUUCUCAAGGAUUAUUUCAAGAUUC